AGAUAUUGUAGGUGUUAGUAAUUGUUUAUAAGUUACUAGCUUUAAUUUAAGACAAAGCUAAUAUGCAAAGUAAAUGAAAUCAGACGGAGUAUAAUCUUAGCUGCCGUCCAUCAGUCAGAUAAAGUAAAAGCGGUAAUGUUCUCCACUCUAUCCCGUCCUUUUCUGCAUUGCUCUCUACUGUAUUCUGUAGAGUUUUCCAUACUUUGUCAUGAGCUUCGAGUCUCUAGCCAUGAUAAGUAGGUGAAGACGACAGAUUUCCUCAGAAAUCGUAAGCAGCGGCACGUGCGCCUUUAUUUUUAGAUGUUUUGAGUGCUUAUAUAGGUAGGUGUUUGAAAAAUAAUCAACUUAUGCUUAAUCACCAGUGCUUAAAGUGGAAAACGGCUUGUUUCUGUAAGCACCUUGCAUCUGUUGAUUAUUAAAAAAAAUCAUAUAGAAACUCAAGCCGGCAAAUAAGAGUGUGGACAAGGCGCAGCAGCAACCAUGGCCGCCACGGUAUGCAGCAGAGCCAGGAGGGCCACCGCCACCCGAAAUACUGGGCUGUGCUGCCACCGCUGAUCGGCGCUAGCACCGGCGUGUGCCUUACCUUGUCACGUCUUGGCGCUGUGCUGUGCUGUGCUGCGCCGGCAGAACGGCCGUGCUCGCGUGCACGUCGCCGUCCAGUUUGGUCCAUUCCGCAGGCCUAAAUCACCAAACUAAUUUUGGACGAGGGAGUGGGGUCGGUCGCCUCUUUUCUUUCUCGCCCUCCCUCUCCCGCGCGCGCGCGCGCGUACGUCUUCCCUUCCCAGAACCCCGUUCCCAGCCGCUCCCUCCCUCGGCCUAUUUGCAGAUCCCCUGUCACCACGCCCUCCGGUUUCGACGGUUUGAGCGGCUGCUAUUAACGGCAAGGGCCGUUCCGCCCCGGCGCCACCCGCCUCUCUCCGAGCCCCCGCCGCCCGCCGGGGUGGGCUUGCCGUGGACGACGGCCGGCAGGCGUCCAACGCGGGGAAAUCUGAAUCUUCCGUUGGAUCCCCCAUCAUCAUCAGGAGGAGGAACAUAGGCUUCUUGGUCCUGCGCAAGAGUCCAGGAGUCCGGACAUCCUGACGGAUUUGCUCGAACCAAUGGGAUGCUGCGGCAGCAACCCUGUAGAUGAGGAGGAACACCUAGACUACAGCUCUGGGAAUGUGACUCUUAUAACCGAUCUAAAGAGCUGGGAGAAGAAAGUGGAAGAUGCAACUGACGCCAAUAAAACACUUGUUGUAAAAUUCAGCGCAGUAUGGUGUGGCCCGUGUAGGAUCGCUGCUCCUACGUACGCCGAACUCUCUUUGAAGCAUUCCGAUCUUGUUUUCGUGUCUGUGGACGUAGACGAACUACCGGAACUGGUCACGGAAUUCGAGGUACGUGCCACGCCGACAUUCAUCUUCUUGAGAGAUAAGAAGGAGAUCGACAAGAUGGUGGGGGGGAACCAGGCCGAUCUUCAGCAGAAGUUCGAACCAUACUGCCGGCCAGGUGACGAAGUUAUGAGUAAACAGUCUUUCGAGGACAAAACCUGAUGUUCCUGCCCGCCAGUCAAUAGAGCUUCAGAACGAGCACGGCCUCCAUUGGCUGGGAGCAUCAGCAAGAGCCUGCUCGGCGGCAUACGUAGGUUCGAGAAACUGACCAGCAGAAGUAGGAUUUCUUGGUAGUGUCCACACUCGAUCAGCAGUAAAUUAAGUUAGCCCAGCAUCUGUAACUCUGCACCACACACGCUGUCCAUAUGAACUCGCACGAAACAAUGUACUGAUUGAUUGACA